CCUCUCCCUCUUUCUGUCUCUUCUUUCACUCCUAUCUCUUUCCCUUGUUCCGUCGUCUCCAGCGCACUCUGAAGUCGUAAAAAUGAUUUGCAAACAGGAGAUGAGGAGAAGUUAGCAGGGAGCACUGAGUGUGUUUGAGGGGUCAGAAACGAGUAACAGAAAAUAGAAGUAGCGAGGAAGCAAGACAAAGAUAGACAGAAAGUAAUAAAGAAAAAAGUCAAAAAGAGAGAAUAAAAAGAAAGAACAUUAAGAAAGAUUAAAAGAAAAGACAGAAAAGAAGUGAAGACAAAGGAAAGAAAGUCAAAAAGGACGAGCAUACUGGAGCAUUAAAAAGUUUGAGAAGACUGCAUUCUGAGGCUGGUGGGUUGCAUCUUUCCUUCUUAUAAUGAAUUUGGAAGAGUGGUGAGCCCUUUCUCUCCUGUCUAACGUCUGUUGUCGUGGGCAACGGAGGAAGCAGAGGUCUGGACCAAAGUGCAAUCUAAGCCCAAAUAAUUUCAGAUGGAGGUGGAUGCGGACGAGAAGCGCCAUCGCACACGCUCCAAAGUUCCUGUGGAACCGGCGAUACCAGAGCUGUUCAGCUGCCCGACACAGGGCUGUGACGGGAGUGGACACGUGAGCGGAAAAUAUGCAAGACAUCGAAGUGUGUACGGCUGCCCCCUGGCCAAGAAGAGGAAGACAGUGGACAGACAGUCUCUGGAAACUCUGGAGGUGCCGGAACCCCUAACGGACCCCCUGGAGGCGGACCCCAAGAAGAGACCCCUCGUAGCUCACAUGGACUCCGCUAUGGAGGAGAGCUACCAGACAGACGGGACAGAGGAGAUGGAGGAGGUGGAUGACAGAGAGGAGGUGGAGGAGGGCGAGGAGGACGACUGCGAUGAGGAAGACGAGGAGGUAGAGGAUGAUGAAGAGCAGGGGUAUUCAGAGGACAAUGAGGAACAGAUGGAACAGGAUGAAGGGGAGGUGGAGAGAGGAGAGGGAGAUGGCCAGGACGAAGAGGUAGAACAAGAGGAGGAGGAGGGAGUAGAAGAGGAGGUUGGAGUAGAAGAGGAAGCAGAGGAGGAGGAGGAGGAGUAUGAGGAGGAGUAUGAUGACCAGAGUCAAGGCCAAGAGGAUGAUCAGAUGAACGGCGGUGGAGGCGGUCAUCCCAAAUCCGGCACGUCAGGGGAGAAGGACGAUAACAACAAUGACGAGUAUGAGAACUACGACGAGCUGGUGGCCAAGUCCCUGCUCAACCUGGGGAAGAUCGCUGAGGACGCCGCCUACCGCGCCAUGACCGAGUCCGAAAUGAACAGCAACUCCUCCAACAGCGCGGAGGAAGAGGAGGACGAGGACGAGGAGGAGGAGGAGGAAGAUGAGGAGGAGGAAGAUGAGGAGGACGAGGAGGACGAGCAGGGUGGGGGCGGAGGUCAGACGAAGGGCGAGUUGACCCUGGAUGUGGACAGUGACGUGGUGAGGGAGACGGUGGACUCUCUGAAGCUGCUGGCCCAGGGCCACGGGGCGGUGCUCUCCGACAGCGUGGAGGGAGGCGACUAUGAGGACGGGACUGGGGAGAACGGGGAUGGGAGCCGCGGCGGAGGUCCUGGAGUGGGCAGCAGUCAGGGUAAACCUUCCAACGGACUGGAGGAGAGCGAUGAGGAAGUGUGUCUAAGCAGCCUGGAGUGUCUGAGGAACCAGUGCUUCGAUCUGGCCCGCAAACUGAGCGAAACCCAGCCGGCCGAUCGCUUGGCCUCAGGCCUCCCCCAGCAAAGCCACCCUGGCAGCGGGGACAUGCAGGGGCAGCUCCCCCAUCCGCACCCCAACUCCCACUCGCACCCGCCUGGGUACGGGGACCUCCAGCAGAGCCAGGAGGAGAGGCGCGCCCUGGAAAGGAACUACUCCGACAUGGUCAACCUGAUGAAGCUGGAGGAGCAGCUGAGCCCACGCUCCAAGGCCUUCUCCAGCUGCGCCCAGGACGACCCCUACCACAACCACAUUCAUGACCGGGACGAGGACACGCGGUCGGUUACAUCGGACCGCUCGGAGGAGGUGUUUGACAUGACCAAGGGAAACUUGUCUUUGCUCGAAAAGGCCAUCGCCAUGGAGUCCGAGCGGGCCAAGGCCACGAGGGACAAGAUGGCUGCCGAGGCGGCGAGGCGGGACGGGGUGCGGUACCAUCACCACCACGGCGAUCACCAUGGCGAGCACCAUUCGCGGCACGGUUUCGGAGAGGAGCGCAAGGCCCGCCUCCACGACGGGAUGAAGAAGCCCUACUACCAUAAAGAUUCAUCACGCGGGGACAAGAAGGAGAGUCGGUGCCCGACGCCGGGAUGCGACGGCACGGGUCAUGUGACUGGAUUGUAUCCUCAUCAUCGCAGCCUGUCCGGCUGUCCGCACAAAGACAGGGUGCCACCUGAAAUCCUUGCAAUGUAUGAGAAUGUUCUUAAGUGUCCUACGCCAGGCUGCACGGGGCGUGGCCAUGUCAAUAGCAACAGGAACUCCCACAGAAGUCUGUCGGGCUGCCCCAUCGCUGCGGCGGAGAAGCUGGCCAAAGCCCAGGAGAAGAACCUCGGCUGUGAUGGCUCCUCCAAAUCUAACCAGGGUUCUGACCGCGUGCUGAGGCCUAUGUGCUUUGUGAAACAGCUGGAGAUCCCUCAGUACGGCUUCAAGAACAACGUGUCGACCAGCACGCCGCGCUCCAACCUGGCCAAGGAGCUGGAGAAGUACUCCAAAACCAGCUUUGACUACAGCAGCUUCGCGGACAGCACGCAUGGCAGCAACGUCUAUGGUAAACGGGCCAUCGCACCCAAGCUCCAAGGCAGGGACUCCUCCCCUAAGGGAUACGAUGCCAAGCGCUACUGCAAGAACUCCAGCUCCGCGAGCAGCACCACCAGCACCUACGCCCCCAGUAGCAGCAGUAGCAGCCUGAGCUGCGGCGGGGGGGGCGGAGGCGGAGGCAGCAGCGCGAGCUCCACCUGCAGCAAGAGCAGCUUCGACUACACCCACGACAUGGAGGCCGCCCACAUGGCCGCCACGGCCAUCCUCAACCUGUCCACGCGCUGCCGGGAGAUGCCCCACGGGCUGGGGGGAAAGCCGCAGGACCUCUGCUCCAGGAACCCAGACUUAGAGGUGGAUGAGAACGGGACGUUGGACCUGAGUAUGAAGCAGCGUCUCGGGGGCGGCGUGGGUGCCGUGCUCACUCCCUUGGAGCCCAUGUCCCCCCGGCGCCAGGCGCUGAUGCGCUACGGCAUGGGGGACGACUGCUGGGACCUGCCCGUCGACUACACCAAGAUCAAACGCAUUGACGAGGACAGCAAAGAGCCUGAUGACCUGGACCCAUUCCAGGAGCUGCUGGAGCAGCGAGGCUACCCUGGUGAAGUCCCCAUGCACAGCCCCAAGCCCAAGUACGCCCAGUGCAAGGAGAGCAAGAAGGACCUGAUAACUCUCUCCGGCUGUCCUUUAGCUGACAAAAGCAUUCGAAGCAUGAUGGCAACCAACUCGCAAGAGCUCAAGUGCCCGACCCCGGGGUGCGACGGCUCGGGGCAUAAUACUGGCAACUACGCAUCACACAGAAGUCUGUCAGGGUGUCCGCGGGCGAGGAAGAGUGGGAUGAAGAUUCCGCACAGCAAAGAGGACAAGGAGGAUCAGGAGCCCAUCAGGUGUCCGGUUCCAGGCUGCGACGGCCAGGGUCACGUGACGGGGAAGUACGCCUCUCACCGCAGCGCGUCGGGCUGCCCCGUGGCUGCCAAGCGGCAGAAGGACGGCUAUAUGAACGGCUCCCAGUUCACAUGGAAGGCUGGGAAGACGGACGGCAUGUCCUGUCCCACGCCGGGCUGUGACGGCUCCGGUCACGUCAGCGGGAGCUUCCUAACGCAUCGGAGUUUGUCAGGCUGUCCGCGUGCCACGUCUGCCAUGAAGAAAGCCAGAUUGUCUGGAGUGGAAAUGCUAACGAUAAAACAACGAGCCAGCAACGGAAUCGAAAACGAGGAAGAAAUGAAACAGCUGGAUGGAGAAAUCAAAGAUUUAAGUGAAUCCAAUUCACAAGUGGAAGCAGAUAUGAUCAAACUUAGAACACAGAUUACCACAAUGGAGUCUAAUCUGAAGUCAGUAGAGGAAGAAAACAAGGUGAUUGAACAGCAAAAUGAAUCUCUCCUGCAUGAGCUGGCCAGCCUCAGCCAGACACUGAUUAACAGUUUAGCUAAUAUCCAGCUCCCUCAUAUGAAACCGUCGGCACACAAAGAGGCUCCCCUUAGAAAUAACAGCUGCUUACAGAUGCAUCAGAGAGAGCCGAUCAGCGAUCAGAGCUUUGAUGCAUAUGUGACCACGCUAACAGACAUGUACACUAACCAGGAUCAGUACCAGAACCCAGAGAACAAAGCCCUGCUGGAAAACAUCAAACAAGCGGUGCAAGGAAUCCAAGUGUAGCCCAGCCCGCUAAUUAGCCCAGCAAAUGACAGAGCUUCUUUCUCAGAGGAGUGAAGGAAAACAACAUCCACAGGAAAUAACUAGAAGUGACAUGAUGGGAUGAUGCCUCGUUUUUUUUUUUCUUCUGUAACUUCUCAUACAGUGUUAGAUAUUGAUUUGAAUAAAAAAAAAGAGUGUUAUGCUUAGAAAACUUCAUAACAAUUUUUUUUGGUCUUGCGUUAAAGAAAAAAAAUAGUAAAUGGCAGAAUGAUUUUUGAAGACAUUCACAUUUUGUACGUUUUCAUACCUUAUGAGCUGGCAUAAUGUGAUGUAAUGUUUCUAGCUGCUCAUUUAUGCACAAUUUUUGUGUAUAUUUCUGAACAGUAUACUAUAUGACAUAGGACAUUAACUCACUUAUAAUGCUUGAUGAUGAAGCAUUUUAGAUGAAAAGGCUGCCAUGGACAGUGGAAAAAAGCUAAAGCAAUGAUGAACUCAAAGGACGUAGCUACUUUUCAAGAUUUCUUUUCCUCACUGGAUGAUUUUGAAAUUACACUGAUUUUUUUUUUUUUCUUCUUGUGUGCAGAUGUGGGAACAGCAAGACCGGGUUGCCAAUCUUUUUUGUUUUAACAAUGCUUGAACAAUUCUUAGUCUUUUUUAAAGGUUGACAGCAGUAAGUGGGGGCAUUUUUAAUUGGUGUAGUAAAUGAGUUUGGAAAGAAACUGACUUGAUGUUUGUAUAAAUGUUACAGUUUUAUUGUAAACAUCAUCACACGGAAACCCAAUGGUGAAACCCCAUUCUACAAAGGACUAUACACUCUGGAUCUUUUGUGUUGGUAGAUUGUCAUUGUCAUUCAGUCAACAACAAGAUGGUGUAUAAUGGCACAGAAUAGAGUAUUCAGGCAUUAUUCUAGCGUUUGGCAUUCUGUUUCGAAUUUCAAAAUUUCUGUUGCUAGAAUCUGGCAAUGUCUCAGCAAUAUAUAGCUAAAUCAUAUGUUUCUAGAUAUGGGAUACAAUCUACAUGAAGAAUAUGUUUCGGUAUGCAAUUACUUGUUUGUAAACAUUUGGGGGGAAACAAAUGAAUCUUUUUACUGUAUGUAAAAUAUACAUUUUUAUAUAAAUCUUUUAAUACAAAAAACAAAAUAUUUAAAAAAGUUGGACAUUCAGUUUUAAAGAUGAAAGAUGCUUUAUGAGUUCCACUUUCCUUACAUACGAUUUUGCACAGGGACACCUUCGUUUCCAUGUUUUGAUGUUUUUACAGGAACUAAAGCAGUACACGAGAGCCUGAACACUGAGUAAGGAGGUUUUUGUAAAAGAGUAUUUAUACACGCGUAUGAGAGAGAGCUGGACUUACAGGGUCAUUGUCCCCACUUAUGUGCCAGUAGACCAUUUGCACUUGUCCUGAAGAUAGUAUCUUAACAUGCGGCGGCGUGCAAUUACCAGGUGUUCCUUUAGCACACAAUUGGUGAAAUUAACUGCUAGGAGCCACUAGGUGACGAAUUUGUACCACUGAAGGAGACGACAGGGAUUUGAAUCAGAAACGAUUAUCAUAGUCAUACCAGUAGUAGUGAAUUCUAUUUCAUUUUGGUAUGCUAUAUCAAUACAAAAUAAUCCCCAGCAGCACUUUAUGUCUAAUCACUGUACAAAUUAAAUACUCAAUCAAUUAAAAGUUAAAAAAAGGAAAGUACAAUGUUUUUACAUUGGCUUGGAGAGUGGGAAAUGACCUCUUCUUGUUGAACUCUAAAUGGGGUGAUGCAGUUUCAUGUCUGUCUGCGCUCCUUCCUUCUGUUGUGCUAUUAGUUUUUAGCGACCAUGUUCAGAAUUUGCCUUUUUCGGAGCUAAACGCAAAGGUGCUUGUCGUUCACCCGAUCUCAGCUAUUGUACUUCUACGUCCUUGUUUAGGGCUACAUCGUCAAAGACUGCAUUAUGCCUUUCUCCACAGCAUUGUGUCUGAAGCUUUUUGCCAAUAUAGUAAUGCUUUCCGUAGAGUAAUGGCUAAUAUAAGUUUUUGACUUAAUUUUCAUUAUCAAUACAAUGGAAAGGGAUUCAAAGCACAAACCGGCUGCUCAUCUAUCGUUGGUACGUUACAUAUUAUCAAAUUUGAAAAAAAGUUACAUAUCUGUGACUAUUUAAAUAGGGAACACGAAAUGUGUCGCAUUAGAAUGCUGAAUUUUCAUAUAAAUUAUUGUGAAUUCAUCAGAGUUUAUUUAUUCUAACAUGUUCAUUUUGAGGUUGAUUUAGGUAAUCAUUAACAAAGACAGGAUUUUGUAUAAACUAUUGUGCUCUCUGUGGAACUGAAGUUUAAUUUAUUUUUGUACUACACAGCAUGGAUUUGUUGACAUUUUAAUUUUGCUAUAAAUGUGUGAGAUCACAAGUUGCUGUGAUAUUUCAUUUUUAAAUUGUGAACUUUGUACAAUUUUUGUCAUGCUGGAUGUUGACACAUCUUACUCUGAAUAAAGAAAAUAUUGUGUUGCCACGGGGCUGUAAGCUGUGAUGGCCAGUCUUCCUUCUUACCCCAUACUAACAAUUUAGUGGGAAACCCCAAUGUUCUUGGAGCCCUAGUGUUUCAUUCCGAGAAAGGCUGUAUUUAUUCCCAUGGGUUUCCAUGAUAUACAAACGGUUUAUAUUCCAGGACAAACCUCUGAUGUUUUGAAAUAAGAUUUCUUAGGAUAACGUUUCACGUAGGAUUUUGACAUCCAUACAGGGUAGGGUUUUACUCUGGAGUACUGGGUAUUCAUCAAUGUCAUACCCCAUAACAACCAGCAGAUGGCAGGA